AUAAUGGCCUGACCGCCUUGUGCAGCGAAAAUGAGUGGUUGGAUAGGGGAAAAAUGAAUUGUUAGAUAAAUGAGGAUAUUUUCGUCAAGAAGUAUUGGGCGUUAUUUGUUAGCAAAAAUAGUUUUGGGGGGAAGUUGCUGGAAAAAUUAAGUGGCGUAAAUUGAUUUUUGGGGUUUUUAAUGCAAUUUUCCCGUAUAUUUUUAUACCAAAGCCAACUGACAUUCCCUCAUUAACUACAAUUUUGGACUUGAAGCCUCAUAAUUAAAAAAAAGGCGGUUAACUCUUCCCACCAAAUAAGAUUGCAGGUUUAUAAAGCAACUAACCUUUUAACUUUAAGCUUUUUGAUUAUCCAGAUAUUUGGUGCUCUGAAGUUCUCCAGAUCCUUGAAGUUGACUUGUAUCAGUAAUUAUCAUAAAAUUUGAUUGAUUAUGGGAGAUAUUACUUUUGGAAGACACAGAAUAAGAAUCCUAUAUGGAGGCGAUGCAUUUUUGCUAAAAUAAAUGGAUGGAGAUUUUUGGCUUACAGCACAUGUCCUGGGUAAUGGAUGUAUGACAUAUAGGCCCUUCACCUAUUGCAAAACUACUAGAUAAGACAGACAUGCCUUUCAGGAUGGAGACUGAUGGAUGGGACUUUUCUUACCUGGUUGAAGUCCCCUUUUUUUCAUCAAUAAGCUGCAAAACCAACUUGCCUCGCUCACACUUUGUUGAAGUGCCACAUAUACAGCAACUUUCUACUUGGGAUUGUGGGCUUGCUUGUGUCUUGAUGGUAUUGAAAACUCUUGGCAUUGACUGUGGUGACAUCCCUUGUUUGGAAAAGUUAUGUUGCACAACAAGUGUUUGGACUGUUGAUCUGGCACACUUAUUGCAUAAGUUUUCUGUUAAAUUUUUCUUCCUCACGGUUACUCUUGGAGCUAAUCCAAAUUAUGCAGUGGAGUCCUUCUAUCAGGAUAACUUACCAGAUGACAUAAGACGUGUGAAUGGACAAUUCCAGGUUGCACUAGAGAAUGGCAUUAACAUACAAUGUAGGUCCAUUGGAGGUGAAGAAAUUUCAGUCUUGAUAUUAUCAGGGAAAUUUGUUGCUGUUGCAUUGGUUGACAAGCACAAGUUAAGUUGUCGUCCUUGGCUGGAGGAAAUCUGUCUCCCAGAAAUUUAUGGUGGAACCUCUGGCUACACAGGCCAUUUUGUGGUGAUCUGUGGCUAUGAUGCGGAUACAAAUGAAUUUGAGAUAAGAGACCCAGCCAGCUCUAGGAAAUAUGAGCGGGUCUCCUUGGAGUGCCUCGAAGAAGCUCGCAAGUCCUUUGGUACUGAUGAGGACAUUCUCUUGAUCUUAUUAGACAAGGAAGAGGGGGGAGAAGAAGCAUCAAUAAUCUGCCCUAGUGGAUGAAUUUGUAAACUCACUCUAAUUGUCCUGUAUUCAAUUCUUUCGGGGACAUUUUUGCAAGAUCUUGGUCCCCAUGUUUCCCUAAGGCAUUCAUAUAUCUAUGGUGUUAUGUAGCUGUAUACAUGUAUUAUAUCACUUAUUGAUUAUUGACAUGGAAUUUCUAUUUAUCCCA